AUGGACGAGGCCGGAGUUGUAGAAGGCCAAGGAUCAAACGGCCUUGUUUUGGGAUCCUGGUAUACAAAAGCAUUGCUUAGAAAACAACCGGGAAACCGUGGUUGGACUACUUUUAUCGAAUGCAUUUCAGCUACGGGCCAAAACCUUCCUCCACUUGUUAUUUUCAAAGGAAAAUCGGUGCAACAACAAUGGUUUCCAACAAAUAUAACUUGUUAUCGUGGGUGGAAGUUUACCGCUACGGAAAAUGGCUGGACUGAUAAUCUUACUGCCUUGGAAUGGUUGCUGUGA